AUGACCCUUCUGUUCUCAGGCCGAUGCUGUAACCACUGAGGAACUGGUCACGUGCCCUAACCGGGAAUCAAACCUCAACUUUCUGGCUCCUAGGUCCACGCUCAACCACUGAGCCACAUUUUUUUGAAACCUGCUUUUUACUUAACAUUGGGAACUCCCCCCCCCCCCCCCCAAUUAUUCUUCAGCGUAAGGUUGGAUUUCUGUGGAAUAGUCCACUGAAGGACACAAUGGCUUACUGACUGUGUUCUCUACAUGGGGUAAUGGGAUGAUUUCACUUGUCCCGUGGUACCUCAGGUAUGAAGUCCAUUUGGUGUGUUCCUGUGCGCAUCCUUGCACACAUGCCCACUUGCUGGAAUAAGUUCCUUCUCACAGGAACUAAGCAGAGGUUCCUGCAGAACUUGACUCCCACAUAAAAUUUGGUCCUAAGUGUGGGCCGGCAGGACCGCCCCCCCCAUUCCCAUUGGCCUUUUGGCAGCUUCAUUCCUCACAGCAGCCCCAUCUGACAAGCUCCCCCUUAGCAGGCCAGCUUCUCCCAGUCAGGAGUGACCUUCACCUUCCACUGCAUCUUGCUCAUGGGCGCCACGUUCAUGAUGCUGUCACCCGAGGUGCAGCGGGAAGGCCAUUGCCUGCAGCUCAAGGGGCCUCCCUAACGUGCUGGCUAUCACUGGGCUUUGAUAGCAACCUCGCCCGUGCGGGGGCACUGCUGCUGGCGCCUGCGUGAAUGUGUUCUCAUUGCUGUUUGCUUAUUUGAAUCCUCACCGGAGGAUAUUUUUCCACUGAUUUUAGGGAGAGUGGAAGAGAGAGGGACACACACAGAGAAACGUCAAUAUGAGACAAACACAUCAAUUGGUUGCCUCCUGCAUGAGCCGCGACCAGGGACUGGGCUGGGGAGGAGCCUACAACCAAGUACAUGCCCUUGAAGGGAAUCGAACCCGGGACCCUUCGGUCCGCAGGCCGACGCUCUAUGCACUGAGCCAUGCUAUCCGGUGUCAUUGCUGUUUGCACGGUCAUUUCAUCGGGUGGUGUGGGAGAGACCAUUUCCGGGGGAAGGGAGAGGGAGUGGUUAGGACACCCGGCUGCUGUCAGACCUUGAGGACUCGAUGGUCCGCAUUGAGUGCAGCCCGCCCAGGAAGCGGGUAGGGAGGGUGCCUGAUGAGGAACAGAGAAAGCCUGGUGGUCAGUGGGGAUUGGAUGCUGGCAUGUGUUCCGCACCCGGCAACAGAACUCUGCUGGCCAGGACAACGGGGGUGGAAUGUGGCCGUGGACUGGAGGCUGAGGAGAGGGCUUGGAGUCGUGUGUCAGGCCCUCGUGUGGCUGAGGCCCAUGUGGCUGAGGCCCGUGUGGCUGGUCCCGCAUAGCCAGGAGCCGGCCGGAGGACGCCCAGAGGAGCCAGAGGACGCCCAGAGGAGCCCCGUGUGUGUCGGCAGCGCUGCCUGACCUGCUAGUCGCCGUUCCUAGACACUCACUCCCUAGGAGACACAUCCCUGAUCCCCUGGAAACAGCCAUGGCCAUGUUUAAAAAUGCCAAUUGCCAGGCAGCGAGUUUCGCCCUUAACAUUCUGGGAUUCAUCUUAUCCAUGACCUGCAUGGGCCUGGCCGAGUGGCGGGUAUGGUACAUGGAGAGCAGCUCCGCCCCGUCCCGGGGGCUGGCCUGCAUUGGAAUGUGGAAGGUCUGCACAUACCAGCCCAACAGACUCCCCGGCAGAGUCAUAGCCUGUCACCGCUACAGCUACAGUGACACCGACCUGCCGCUCGACAUCCGCAUCGCUCAGAACCUGCUGCUGGCCGCCAGCCUGCUCGGGCUCCUGGGGAAAGUGCUCACGGUCACGGGCCUGCUGAGAGUGUACGCGGGACAGCUGCAGAAGAACACCACCAGCAAUCUGUUCUGCGCUUCCGGAGUCCUGAGCAUCAUAGCGGGUGCAUUUAUCCUCAUUGCUGUGAUCUGGAACUACCACUCCGUGAUGAAUGAAGAGGGCAUACGCUUCCCGCCUUCCUUCCACAUCCCCUUCAGGCCGGACCGGCAGGAGAUGGGCAGCACCGUGCCCGUGGCGGUUCUGGCUGCCUUCCUCAUGCUGUUGAGUGGGCUGCUGACCAUCUCUUUCCAGCUGCCCCCCAACAUCCGUGUGUACCCCGAAGUCUCGCAAGUGUGAAAUUCCCGGUUGCAUAGCUUUGGGAAUCCAUGAGAGCCGCUUAUGGGGGUGCAGUGUUAUCAGGAUGCUCUAUGAAAUAGUUCCAAGGCAAAGGUCAUUCUGGGCAGAAAGUGGCCAUUGGCUUCUAUGUCCAAAUUGGGCUCAUUCAUUGGUUAAGGAACUUUCAUUAAAAA